AUUUUUAUUUCCAGGAGAAAAUGUUGUCCUUCUCUGGAGUUUAAAUAAAGACCUGGAUUAUUUGAAUUACUCUUAAAGAUACACCCAAGUCUGGAGUUACCUUACGGGGUCGUUUUGCCAUCUCGACACCCGCUUAUAUCUGAGCAUUUGGGGGUGAAAGACCUUGGUCCAACACUGGCAUCUGGUGGCGCCAGGGCGCGAACCGGGGACCUCCUGAUCAGCAGUCCAAGCCACCCUGCUCAAUAUAUUAUAAUGUCACUGGUGCAUGAUGGAGCUCCUGAACUACAGUCGACAGCUCAUGCAACAGCUUCAGACAUUGCGAAAAGACUCCCAGUUCUGCGACUGCACCAUCCUGGUCGGGGACGCAUCCUAUCCGGCGCACAAAGUGGUCCUGGCCGCUUCCAGCCUGCUCUUCAAGUCUCUUCUUGAGUCUUCAGACAGCAUCUCUAUUGACACGACUGUGGUCACGCCGCAGGAGUUCUCCUCCCUGCUGGAUACGGCCUACCUGGGCAGACUGGUGCCGGGCAAACACGACCUCGCACGUGUCAUCGCCGCUGCAGACAGCCUGCAGAUGUUCGACGUGGCUGUGUGCUGCAAGAACAUCCUGGACGAGCUUGUGAAGCGGUGUGAACCAGAUGCUGAAGGUGUAAACGAGUUUUGUCAAAGAAGGCAACAUGAUUCUUUUGACAAAGUGACGAGUCCGGGAAACUGUGUGGAGUCUCAAAAUGGAGAUGGUGCUGUGGAGUUGCUUAUUCACAAACAGGACGUUCUCAUGAGGACCCUGCAGAACAUCCAGCCUUGGAUUAACAUUCUUCGCACCUGGGGUACACUGUCAAGUCAGCAACAACAUAUGUUGCUGGAGUGUUUUGAAGGAGAUCCAGGUGUGGAUGCUGUUUACCAGCGCCUCUUGGACCAGGUAAAGAAUGGACACGGCACGCUGUCAGUCCACACUGUUGUUAUGAAGUUGGAGCAAAUUAACAGCUUAAAGCCUGAUUCAGAGUCAGCAGGGAUGGAAGAAAAGAAGGAGACAGGACCUGAACUCAAAGUCACAGAGGGAUCUGUUGUGGAGGUUGCCAGAUCUUCUGGAUAUCAGCGUGACCUGGUUUCAGAGCUGAGUGUUUACCUCACAGGUGUGGAGAACAUCUCGGAACUGCUCGCUCGGACAGCAGACAGAUGCAAGAUCGAAGACGUGAAGCAGAUUCUUCUGGAGUGCAGUAGAGAGCAGGAUGAUGGACCGGUGCUGAGGAAGCUGCUGAGCAUGCUCACCGACAGAGGAGUAGACGAAACAUCUGUACUGCUGCUGCUAAAGGAGGCGGAUAUUUGUCUUACUCCAGGUAAGAGGAAGGAUGAGCACGUUGCCGUGUCGCUGUUGAGAACGUUCCAGGACAGACUGAGCGCACUGAACCUCGGGGAGUUGCUCAUCAGGCGGAGUUUGGAGGAAGGGCCUGGCAUCUCGUCUGACCAGAGAGAGGUUCUGCAGAUAGCGGCUGACGGUAAAAUAGAGAAGCUGCUCAGAGCUGCUCUGGAAGGAGAUACGCUUCAGCCUCUGACGGUAUGGAGGCUCCUGUUCUGGGCCGCGACUCACAGCCCAGAGCUCCAACUCAUCACACAGGAAAUCCGGUCAAAACCAGACGCUCAGGAGCUCAUACACAUGGUUGCCCGAGUGGAUGCCUUGUUCAAGCACAAAAAGCUCAUUCUGGAAACAAUCAAUGAAAUCCCUGACCUGGAAAGAGCUGCAGGCGAUGUGGAGGGCGAUAAAGACGUCACUGAGCAAAAUCAAUUGUGUCAGUUCCUGCAGAGCUGCCGUGGUGUUGACGGACAAGCGGAGUCUAUGGAGCAGGUUAUGGACCGAGUACUGAGCAGAGAGACGCGGUACGUCCGGCCACUUUGUCUCCUCUUGUGCAUGAGCCAGGAGAGCUUCCCUGACCUAUCCGUCCUCAUCAAGGAGCUCAGCCAUGUUGAAGUGGAUCCCGAUGAAGAGGCUGCAGUGUCGGAGAAAGAAGAAGAGGAAGAGGAGAAGGAUGAAGAACGCACACACAGGAGGAGGAAGGGCGUCAUCGUGUCCUACAGCUGCCCGUGGUGCAACAAGUCUUUCGACUUCAAGUGUCGUCUGCUGAAGCACAAGAAGCAGUGCGCGCUCUGUCCGGAGAGAGCGCAGUGCUGCGGCGAGUGCUCCGUCGUCUUCCCGUCGGUCACCGCCCUGCAGCAGCACCGAGCCGAGGCUCACGACGGCCCUCCUGCUAAGAGGAAGAAAGUAGAGCCGGUGACAUGUGAGCUCUGUGGAAAGGUUUUUAAACACCCUUCUGGUCUGUUGUACCACAGGCGCACAGAGCAUUUGGAGGAAAGGCCCUACGCGUGCGAGGAAUGUGGCUCCAAGUUCGCCGCCAACUCGUCCCUGAAGAACCACAUGCGGCUGCACACGGGAGAGAAACCGUACUGCUGCAAACACUGUGACAUGAGCUUCGCCGUGGCCGCCGCACUGUCCUACCAUACCAAGAAGAAACACUCGGAGGGUAAGAUGUACUCGUGUCAGUACUGCUCGGCAACGUUUGCACAGUCUAUCGAGCUGACGCGGCACGUGCGCACACACACGGGAGACAAACCGUACGUGUGUAGGGAGUGUGGGAAAGGCUUCAAACAGGCCAACGGGCUCUCAAUGCACCUGCAGACCUUUCACAAUAUCUCGGACCCGCAUGACUGUCAGAAGUGUCGCGUGAGCUUCAGUUGCCUGGAGAAGCUCCGUGAGCACAUUCAGGAGGUUCACCCUAAAGAGCUGCACCAGUGUCCCGAGUGCAACAAGAUCCUGAACACCGCGGCUCAGCUGGAAAAACACAUGAGUGUCCAUGACGGCAGCAAACCCUACAGCUGCCAGAGCUGCCGCAAAUCCUACCAGACUCUCUCAGGGCUGUGGUAUCACAAUCGCACCACACACCCGGACGCGGCGACAACGGAGGGCGGCCGCUCGGUUUCACACCUUCUGCGCUGUAAGAUCUGCAACAAGACCUUCUGCAACAGGAGCAGCUUGUUCAAACACAACAUCACCAAACACCCUGAAACCCGUGCUGUGACUGAUGAAGAUGAAAAGGACGCACAGGCAGAUGCCCCUGCGUGGAGGUGUGUGUACUGUCCUAGUGCUCUGAGUAGCGAGCAGGAGCUACAGCAGCACGUGUCGAGCGAGCACGUCAACCUGCAAGGCUCGGUGUUCGCCUGCGCUGUCUGCUCGCUGUCCUUCCUCUCGGAUGCAGAAUUCCAGCAGCACUUCCUCAGCAACCACGUGCAGCUUCUCCAGGAGGAGGGGCUACAGGGGCAUGUCUCCACCCCUCAAAUGGUGAUCCAGACAGAAGACGGCUCAGCUGAAGGGGCGGCACAGAUCGUCAGGCUUGACCAAUCACAGCUGGCCGGCUCCCAACAGGUGUUCGUCGCCCUGGGCGACAGCGGCGAGACGGCAGACGACUCGGGGAUCGUCGCCGUUAACGUGGAGGACUUGCUGGCGGGCCGUGUCACACUGAUCUGUGAGGAGAACCAAUAGAAAAGGAAACAUGUUUGCAAAACACACACACACAC